ACCAACACCUCUGACGUCUGUUAAUCUACAGUUAUUAUACAGAAGAAGGAGCUCCGGGUGCACCAACAGCUAGGCAUCAUCAUGCCUACUGCUGUGAUUAUGGAGGAAAAUUUUGAUAAACUAUUAGAGCAGUGUGAAGCUCAAGAGCUCGAGGCUCCAGGGGGCAUCGCAACACCUCAAGUCUACGCUCAGUUGCUGGCGCUCUAUUUACUUCAUAAUGACAUGAAUAAUGCCAGGUAUCUCUGGAAACGGACUCCCCAAGCGAUUAAAUCGGCAAACCCAGAGCUGACGGCUAUUUGGGCUGUUGGCCAACGCAUUUGGCAGCGAGACUUUCCAGGGAUCUACACAGCCAUCGCAGCUUACCAGUGGUCAGAGAAUAUCCUUCCGGUCAUGGAAGCCCUUCGAGAGAGCACGCGGCAAAGGGCCUACAGUCUCGUGGCCCAGGCCUACACGUCCAUCACAGCAGAGGAUUUCGCUGCCUUUGUGGGAUACUCUGUGGAGGAGGCAGUAAAAGGUGUGGUGAGCCAGGGCUGGCAGGCAGACCCUGCCACCAGGAUGGUGAUGCCCAAAAAGCCGGAUCCUCCUCCUGUCUCAUUGGUUCCAAAUGAACAGCAGUUGGCCAGACUCACUGACUACGUGGCUUUCCUCGAGAACUGAUAACCCACCACAACCGCUGCCACCCAUUUUUUGUUUGCUUGGUACAGAGGGAGAACACAAAACUUGGACAGACUUUUUCUGCUUCCUGCAGAGACCCACACCUCGAUGAAGAUGUACCAAAAACACGAGCCGUCAUCGAGUAUGAAAGCUGCGCGCUCCUCUCCAAGACUUGCCUAAUUACGUUCAUUGACUCGCACAGCUUUCCCUGUUAAUCCACAUGUUGAAAAUCUUUUACACAUGAUGUUGUAUUAUAUUAUUUUUUUGCUCUCUGCGCCCCAGCUGAUGCAUACAUUUGGGUCUGGUUUUGAGGGAGGUCUUGCAGGAAUGUGUUUCCCAUCAGUGUCAGUAUGUUUUUAUUACUAACCUAACAAAUGCUUCACACACAAUAGAAGUACAUGAACCAGUAUGUACAGUGAGUCCAUUCUGUUUGAGCACUUAAAGCUUCCCUCGAAGCAGAUUUUGUCAGGUAACAGAAGCUGUGGCCUGCAUGCAUCAGUGUGUGGAUUUCAGACCUCAUAUUUUGAAGUUUGUGUUUUGACUGGUGAAUAAAUAUUUUGCUGUUUCUAA